GAGGGAGUUCCCACCUGUUAAGCUCUUAACGAAACGGAGACUUAAGAAAAUACUAAGGGAGGGCCGAUCGGUGUCUUUUGGACGCGUCUGGAGCCCCACCCUCGGCCAGAGGAAAAGCCCCUUGAGUAAGAAGCGGACGCUUCAGAGAAAUCGAGAAGAAAGCGUCACUCCCGCGCUCUGCCUGGCUCUCCUGCCGCGCCGCCCGCCCAGCCUGCGCCGCGGCCUUUCGCCCGAGGAGCCCUCCCUCCCCGGCCUCCGGGUGUCCUGCCAGGCGACCUGCCCCGAGUGCUCCCAUGGCGGCAGCCCCAGCCACGCGCGCCCGGAGCGGAGCCCUCUGCCGGCAGCUCCUGCUGACCCUCACGAUCUUCACCUUUGCCUGUGAUGCCUGCAAAAAAGUGAUACUGCAUGUUCCCUCCAAUCUGGACGCUGAGACAUUUGUUGGUAGAGUUAACUUGAAGGAGUGCUUUAAGUCGGCAAAUCUAAUCCACUCAAGUGAUCCUGAUUUCCAAAUUCUAGAAGAUGGUUCAGUCUACACAACAAAUGCUGUUCUUUUUACCUCUAAGAGACAUUUUACCAUAUCACUUUCCAACACUGAGAACCAUGAAGAAAAGAAAAUACAUGUUCUUUUAGAGCAUCAGACAAAGGUACUAAAGCAAAGUCAUCCUAAAGAAAAAGCGCUAAGACGUGCCAAGAGAAGAUGGGCCCCGAUUCCUUGCUCAGUGAUGGAGAAUUCCUUGGGCCCUUUCCCACUUUUUCUUCAACAGAUUGAAUCUGAUACAGCACAAAACUACACUAUAUACUAUUCUAUAAGUGGGCCUGGAGUUGACCAGCGACCCCAGAAUUUGUUUUACAUAGAGAGAAAUACUGGAAACCUGUAUUGCACUGGUCCUAUCGAUCGUGAGCAGUAUGACUCUUUUGAGCUAGUUGCCUUUGCAACAACUCAAGAUGGAUAUAGUCCAGAAUUUCCACUUCCCCUAGUAAUCAAAAUUGAGGAUGAAAAUGAUAAUUUCCCAAUUUUUACAAAUUCAACUUACAUUUUUACAAUUCCUGAAUAUUCAAGAGUUGGUUCCACGGUGGGACAAGUAUGUGCAACUGACCUGGAUGAACCUGGCACACUUCACACGAUGCUGAAGUACUCCAUCCUCGAGCAGUUUCCAGUCUCACCCGUGAUGUUUUUUAUGCACUCAUCUACAGGUGUGAUUACCACAACGUCAUCUCAGCUAAACAGAGAGUUAGUUGAUAAAUACCAGUUGAAAAUAAAAGUACAGGACAUGAACGGCAAACCUUUUGGUUUGCAGACGACUGCAACUUGCAUUAUUUAUGUUGACGAUGUGAACGACCACUGGCCAACCUUUACUCAAACUUCUUAUGUGACAUCAGUGGAAGAAAAUACAGUUGAUGUGGAAAUCUUACGUGUUAGCGUUGAGGAUAAGGAUUUAAUUAAUACUGCAAAUUGGAGAGCUAAUUAUACCAUUUUAAAGGGCAAUGAAAAUGGACAUUUUAAAAUUGUAACAGAUCCCAAAACCAAUGAAGGAGUUCUGUGUGUGGUCAAGCCGCUGAAUUAUGAAGAAAGACAACAGCUGACCCUGCAAAUCGGUGUAGUUAAUGAAGCUCCGUAUUUUAGAGAAACUACCUCAAGAUCAGCCAUGAGCACGGCUACAGUUACUGUGAAUGUAAAAAAUCAGGAUGAGGGCCCCGAGUGUACCCCUCCAGUGCAAACUGUUCGGAUUAAAGAAAAUGCACCAGUGAAUACAAGGAGCAAUGGCUAUAAAGCAUAUGACCCAGAAACAAAAAGUAGCAGUGGCAUACGGUAUAAGAAAAUAAAUGACCCAAAAGGAUGGUUCACUGUUGAUGAAAACACAGGAUCAAUCACAACUUUCAGACUCUUGGAUAGAGAGUCAGAAUCCAUGGAAAAUGGUUUAUAUAAAAUCACAAUCCUUGCAACAGACAAAGAUGGAAGAUCAUGUACUGGCACACUGGGAAUCAUACUUGAAGAUGUAAAUGAUAAUGGGCCUUUAAUACUUAAACAGACAUUGAUAAUCUGCAAAACGGUCAUGUCCUCCGCGGAGAUUGUUGCUUUUGAUCCUGAUGACCCUGUAAAUGGCCCACCCUUUAGCUUCAAUUUGGAGGGUAAUUCUGAUUCAGAAGCACAGAGAAUCUGGGGACUGUCACAAAUUAAUGAUACAGCAGCACGACUUUUCUAUCAAAACGACCCUCCAUUUGGACCAUAUACAGUAAAUGUCAGAGUUACAGAUAAACAUGGCCUGUCACAUAUCACUCCAUUAAACGUUAUAAUAUGUGACUGUAUUACUGAAAAUGACUGCACACUUCGCUUCGUUCCAAGGACUGGCAACGGAGGAGUGAAACUUGGAAAGUGGGCCAUCCUUGCAAUAUUGUUGGGCAUAGCCUUGCUAUUUUGUAUCCUAUUUACCUUAGUCUGUGGGGCUACUGGAGCAGCCAAAAAGCCAAAAGCAUUUCCUGAUGACGUCACCCAGCAGAACCUCAUUGUGUCAAACACUGAGGCUCCUGGAGAUGACAAAGUGUAUUCCGCAAAUGGCUUCACAACCCAGACUGUGGGCAGUUCGGGGCAGGGAAUCUGUGGCACCGUGGGAUCCGGAGUGAAAAGUGGAGGGCAGGAGACCAUUGAGAUGGUGAAAGGAGGACAGCAGACCCUAGAAUCGUGCCAGGGGCACGGGCAUCACUACACCCUGGAGUCGUGCAGGGGAGGUGGACAGUACACCCUGGACUCCUGCAGGGGAGGACUUGUGGAGGUGGACAGCCACGGACACACAUACUCCAAGUGGAGGAAUUUCACCCAGACCCACCUUGGUGAAAAAGUGCAGCGGUGUAAUCAGGAUAACAGUCACGAACAUGCUCAAGACUACGUCCUUCCAUACAACUACGAAGGGAAAGGGUCCGUGGCUGGGUCUGUAGGCUGCUGCAGUGAACGGCAAGAAGAAGAUGGGCUAGAGUUUUUGGAUCAUUUGGAACCUAAAUUUAGGACACUAGCAGAAACAUGUGUCAAGAGAUGAGUGCAUCCCAAUAAGUCUACAAAAGCCAGUGGCUUUAUCACCUUCUCUUUUUGUUUUUUAAAUUAAAGGCUAGGGAUUUUUUGUUUUGUUUUGUUUUUUUCUUAAAUAGAAGAUGCUAUGCUUGGGACCACCUUUUGUUUUGAUGGAAUGUCUUUAGGAAAAUGCACAUUUACUAAGAAAUGCUGUAAAGAAGUGCACAGAUUUCCUAAUUCUUAACGUAGUUUUCAAUUACUUGUCUUCCACCUAAGGAGACCUACAGAAACAGAAAUACUAAGGAAGUCUACAUUAUUGUUUACAUUUGGGUAUAGUGACAACAGCCAAUUUAUAGUGCAAUAAAAUAUAAUUGGUUUAUCUAAAUCAUAGACUACUUAAAGUAUAACCUAAUAGGAAAUUGUAGAGACCUUGCUUUAACAUGAUCUCCAGUUAAUUAAUUAAUUGGUUGUGUGGUGCUUGAAGACUGUUGUUCUCCUAAACAUUCUGAAGUAUAUCAAUACUGAAUUCUUGAUAUUGUUUUAUUCUUAUAACAAGACCUUUCUUCAUAAUGCAAAGGGAGACUCCCAACCAGGCAUUGACUGUUAUAACAAUUCUAUUUUGGUGGAGUUGAGUUUCUAGGUUUUAUUUUAUAUAAAAUCCUGCACUGAAUCUACAUUUCCCCUGUUCCCCACCUUGUCAGCAAAAUUUAAGUUUAAAAAGUGCUUUAAGAAUGUAUUUUUAUCCCU